AUGAUCGCACUCGUCCUCAUGAUAGCUACUGAAAAUGGAGGUUGGGUCAAAGGACAAGGUAAAUCGAUUGAAACUGUUACUACAACUGUUGUAGUCACAGUCGAACCGACUCGAGGAACAGGAACCACCACAGAUACGAGCCCUACCAUAACAACACUGACUCCAACUCAUACUUCAACUUCAACAACAGUGGCAUCAGGUCCCACCACCACGACUCAACCAACUACGACUUUCACAACUACAACAUCAACUCGCACAGGAGGUCCGACGAACGCUCCGUCACCAACAUCCGGUUUCUCUCAUAUCGAUGUGGGUUUUCGUCACGGGGUACCAUUAUUUCUUGAUAAACUUAUGAACGCAGUCGCACCUGAAACACCUCCCUAUGAAUCAGAUAAUUUAACUCAAGGAUGUAAUGGGGUUUUAGUCACGGAAAAGAUGACAGUUUAA